AUGUCGGAUCGGACCUACGGCCGAGGUGGUCGAGGUGGUGGACGUGGCGGUAACCGAGGUAACACGGUUGGUCGCGGAGGUAAUGUCCCUCAAGAGAAGCCCAAAAAAGAAGCCAUUCUCAACCUGGCGAAAUAUGUCGACCAGCAGAUUCGUGUGAAAUUUUCUGGCGGACGCGAAGGUACGGUGUAUCUAAACUUACGUAUAGUUGUCGGUGUACUGAAAGGCUACGAUCAACUAAUGAAUCUUGUCAUGGAUGACGUGGAAGAGCUGUUGCACAACCCUGCCGAUGGCGAAACUACUGGCCAGCGCCGGUCAUUGGGCCUAGCUGUCCUGCGUGGCACCAAUCUGACCCUGAUUAGUCCGAUGGAUGGAUUCGAAAUGAUCGAAAAGUACGUUUCUGCUAUGAUGCUCACCGACAGUCCUUUCUCUCAAGCGGAGUAA